CAUACUUCCUGCCUGGUUACAGAUUGGGGAAACAAGGACAUUUUCGCACAAUUCGGGAAAUUUCUUUCUAAAUAUUUGUUGAAUCUCCUGCAACUUUAUACAGACGGCACAAAUAUAACAGGAAGUUUAUUUAUAAUCGUUUUAAAACAGUCAUGAACCGAUGGUCACUUAGAAAUGAAUGACUGAUGGGAAAAAGUGUGGACUUGAACGUCAUAGCGGCCAAUUGAAGGACAGCUGCAUCAAGCCACUUAUCGCAAUUAAACCUUAGGCCAUUGUGGAAGCACCACACAUACCUGUCUGGACAUUAAAGAUCUCAGCUGUCUGAGAGCCAAAAUGACUGUGUCAAACUGGGGUCUGAUCAUGAACGUUGUAAACAGCAUUGUGGGUGUGAGUGUCUUGACGAUGCCCUUCUGCUUCAAACAGUGUGGAAUGGUGUUGGGCACAUUGUUGUUGUUCUUCUGUUCGUGGAUGACCCACCAGUCCUGCAUGUUUGUAGUCCACUCGGCCAGUAACACAAAACGCAGGACUUACGCUGGACUAGCUUUUCAUGCUUAUGGAAAACCAGGCAAGGCACUUGUGGAAUUAAGCAUGAUUGGCCUCAUGUUGGGGACAUGUAUUGCUUUCUAUGUCGUCAUCGCAGAUCUGGGUUCCAACUUCUUUGCUCAGCUGCUUGGGCUGGAGGUGACGCGUAGCUUCCGUAUCGUGUUACUGAUCGCUGUGUCGCUGUUCAUUGUGCUGCCGCUCAGCUUGCAAAGAAACAUGAUGUCAUCAAUCCAGUCGUUUUCAGCCAUGGCACUUAUCUUCUACACACUCUUCAUGUUCACGAUAGUGUUGUCCUCUCUGCGUUACGGAAUAAUCAGUGGCUCCUGGGUGGAGCAAGUACAUCUGUGGCGCUUCAAGGGUGUCAUACAGUGUCUGCCAAUUAUCGCCACCACCUUCUGCUGCCACCCGCAAGUAUUGCCCACUUACGACAGCCUGGAUGAGCCCUCAGUGAAGAGAAUGAGCACAAUAUUCACCUCCUCGCUCAACGUGGUCACAACCUUCUACAUCACAGUGGGGUUCUUUGGUUAUGUGAGCUUCACAGAUAACAUUGCCGGGAACGUACUGAUGAACUUUCCAUCUAACCUGGUAACGGAAAUGAUCCGUGUGGGCUUCAUGAUGUCUGUGGCUGUGGGCUUUCCUAUGAUGAUCCUGCCCUGCAGACAGGCUAUCAACACCAUGCUAUUCGAGCAGCAGCAAAAGGAUGGCACCUUCGCCGCAGGUGGGUAUAUGCCACCACUUCGCUUCAAGAGCAUCACUCUUUGCAUUGUUUUUGGCACCAUGUUGGGCGGCAUCCUCAUUCCUAAUGUGGAGACCAUCCUGGGUUUGACUGGAGCCACCAUGGGCAGUCUGAUCUGCUUCAUCUGCCCAGCUCUCAUCUACAAGAAGAUCAUGAAGAACGCCUGGACUGCACAGCUGGUUCUGUGGGUCGGUCUCGGCAUCCUGCUCAUCAGUACCUUCACCACGCUGUCCAUUUCCUCCAACGAGCCACAGAAAUUAAUUCCCCCUCCGGAUGUCCCUGCAAAAACUGAGGACAAGCCUCCCAUCCUUGUUGCCCAUGAGUUGCCUAAAGGACCAGUGCAAGAGAAUGGACUGGAACCUGAUCUAGGAGAGAAGCCAGAUAGGCCACCAAUUGAGGUUGAACAGCCAGUAGAGAAGGCAGCAGCAGAGCCCCCUCAAAUUAAACUACCUGUGGAAGUGGCUGAGCGAAAGGAUGAGGAGGAAAAGGUUCAGCUGGACCGCCCUGAAGCAGGUGUUGCGGUCCCAGAUGGGGAAGCCCAUCGCCAUGAGCCGCCCAUCCCUCAUGACAGAGUUCAGAUAGAUGAGAUCAAAAACCAGGAGGAAUUAGAUGAGGACGAAAAGAAACAACCUAUAGUUGUGGAAGAAGAAAAGAAACUACCUGCCAGAGAGGAGAAGGAGCUUCUUGCUGAGCAGGGGGCGGGGCAAGCACAAGAGUUGGAAGCUGUAAAAGAGGAGGAGUCAAAAAAAGAAGAAGAUGUGGUGAAAAGGGAUGUCGAUCAGGACCAGCAUGCAGUUAAUGAAGUGUUGGACAAGGCAAAAAAUUCAGAGGAUCUGAAGAACGUCGAGCCCUUGGUGGUCCAUAAAGAACCAGACAACCUGUCUGAAUUGAAAGAACAGCAUCAUGAGAAUGAAGCGCACCGAGAGAAGAAGCCAGAGGAGAUGGACAAAGCCCCUGAACCCCAGGGUGAGAAACCGAAUGAGAAGUUUCUGGUGCAGGAGCACAAGGAACAGAAGGUUCCAGAUGGAAAGGAUGUAGGGGCGGACAAGGAUGGAGAUGGGGACAAGAUGGAAGUGAUUAAAAAGAUUGUUGCAGAGGGUCAGUUGGACCACGCUGUGCUGCUCCAGGUAAUUAAGGAGCAGCAGGAACAGCAGAAAAGACUUCUGGACCAACAGGAAAAACUCCUGGCUGUGAUUGAGGAGCAACACAAGGAGAUCCACCAAAUUAAGGAGGGAGAAGAAGAACCAAAGGCAGUCGAACAGCAGAAAAGACAUGUGGACCAUGAAGAAAAACACUUAGAUGUGAAUGAGGAGGUCCAUCAAGUAAAGGAAGGAGAAGAUGAGCCAAAGGCAGCAGCAGGAGAGGGUGUAGGUGAGUUGGGGAACAUUGUGCAGAAGGGGUUCGAAGGGAUGGAAGGGGCAGUGAAGCCUAAAGUUGCCGCUGUCGCUCCAGACCAAUUCCAGCAGCCCCAGGGAGAGACAAAGCAUGUAGCUGCAGCUGUCGCAGGGCCUGAAGACCCAGAAGCAAAAGAGGCUGAAGUCGUAGUCAGUCUUCCCAACAAUGCCCUUGAAGUGGUGCAAGAUGGAGGUGUUAAAGUUCCCAAGAAGGAGGAGCUGGAGCUAAACAACCAAGCAGGGCAUGACGGAGCACUACCUCCAGACGUCGGUGCCCGAGGUGUUCCUCUGCGUCCUCGAGAACCAGAACCGGCCAAAAUCAAUCCUGACGCUCUUGCAGACGAGGAGGAGAGAGUGAGGCAGAAAUUGGCCCACCUGGAGGCGGAGAAGGAGAGAAUAGAGAAGGAAAAGUUGGAGAAGGAAAGGAUUGAGAAAGAGGUGCAGGCCCGUGUCGAGAAGGAGCGGAAGGAACGAGAAAGAAGAGAGGAACUGGCACGUGAGCAGGAGCUAGAACGUGUGCGGCAGCAAAAGGAACAGCUAGAGAAGGAUAGGCUUGAAGCGGAGAGCUUGAAACUUGAAAGAGAGAAGAUGGAUAAAGAGAUCAUGGAGCGUGCCGAGAAGGAGAAAAGAUUGUUGGAGCUGAAGGAGCAGCUAGACCAGCUGCAGCAGGUCAUCGAUGCGCGACAGGGUAAGGGAAGUCUUGAGGAUGAGAGUUUGAAACGGAAACGAGAGAAGACUGAUAAAGAGAUCAUGGAGCAUGCCGAGAAAGAGAAAAGGAUACUCGAGCAGAAAGAACAACUAGACAAACUACAGCAGGUCAUUGACGCAAAGAAGGAUGGUGAUGCCCCCAAAGCAGGAGAAGCCCUGCCAAUGCCUAAGCAAAAAGGAGGCAGGGACUUGAAGGAGAAUAUAAUUCCACCAGAAGAGGAGAAGAAAGGGGAAAAGAGGAGCAGAGAGGAUGGAGGGGUGGACCUUAAGAGGAGACGCAGAGCUGUGGACCCUGAGGGCGGAGGAGACGCUGACUUGGAUCUUCUGCGGGACACAGGAGGUUUAGACUUACACGCUGACCUAAAGGGGCAGCUCCUGGCGGGAUCUCUGGUUCACACACGCCAGCUUAAACAGAUGUUUCAGAGGCAGGAGAAUGAAGACUAGAGUAGGUUGUUCCAGAAUUACAACCUCUGGAACCCAAUGAACCUCUCAAAAACAAACAUGAUCUUGCAGUGAGAAGAAUCUCUUUCCUCUUCAUUUUAAAAGUAGAUGCCUUUAUCUAAGACACAACAUUCCUUUUGGGUUCGUGUUGACAGUGGGCACUUUGAUUUGAUCCUUUAGUUGUCCGCCGGGAACACUGGAUCCAUAAUCUCUUAUGAGCUUCCAUUAUUGUUUUGUGUGAGAUUUUGCUGAAUCUGGUGCAAUAAACGGAAUGUCUGGUGUAAUAAACUGAGCGGGCCUCACAUUAAAAACAGGCCUUGAUGGGCACACAGGGUAUUUCAGAAUAUUGUGUUUUGGACCAUCGCAUAGGAAAACGGCACAAGUGUACCCCCUUGUGGCUGCUAUGGUAAAUUGUACGGCAGGUUCUAAAAUGUAUGUUCUGUGAAU